AUGUUCGCUUAUCAUAGCGCACCUACCGGUCUAAGUGGAAACCAACCAUUCGAGAGGUAUCCUGCACUCCACGUGUCGAUCACUAACGUAGAGGUAGGUGUCGCAAACCUCACUGCAAGCAUGGAGGAUUGCAAUCCCAAACGACUCAUGGGCACCGAACUUACGUACUCAUCAAUCUGUAUCCAGUCCGGGCUGAUCCCAAAAGCCAUUGAGGCCGGCAAACACUGCACUGAUAUUCUGAGUGAAGUUCGGCAUUUUCUUCAGGCCCGCAUCAAAGCCAUUGUUGUAUCAUUGAAUGCUACUGGCCGCAAUCUCUUACCCCGAGGUUUGGCAGAGAUCCAACAGCGCUUUCGUACUGUACGUCACCCUAGCCAUUAUAUCUCACUGAGACUAAGGUAA